UCCUCUCAGAAUCUUCCUCCCUCAGAGUCCUCUUUCUCUCAGAACCUCCUCCCUCAGAACCACGGCCAGCUCCCGGAGCGGCUCGGAGACCACCGCUCUGCCAUCGGCUAUUUUUCACUGAGUUUUUCUUUUUCAACAUCCAUUGACAACAUCCGCUGAGGAGGAGGAUUUCCAGGAGAACGAACAGCCAUUGGGUCCGUGCUGGAUACACCCCUCCCCCUCAGACCUCUGGGCAGCAGAUCCCCACCACCGGGGAGUGAGCGCGUCGGGCUCGAGGGUUCGUGGAACCAACUGUAGCCUCAGCAUCCCCCCGCAGCGCGUCCAUCCUCCGCGCGCACGAGUUUAGAUUUCAUAUUUCAUAUUCUGACGGGUCCCGUCGCAUCGACAGGUUGGCGCCGUGUAUUGUUCGAUAUUUUUUGUUUUACUUUUAUUCUUUGCAGUCGUUGCCAGAGCAACAAGCAACACAGCGAGUUCGUUGUGUUCUCUUCCUUUAUAACGUAUUGUAUCCUCCAGCAGCAACAUGUUGGACCCGUCUUCUAGCGAAGAGGAAGGGGACGAGGUGGUGGAAGUGGAUCACAAAGAAGUGACAGCCCCGAAGAACGGAGCGGCGCCCCGGCCAUCUCCCAGCCGAGCCCCCGAGCCCUGCGCCGGGCUGCAGCCUCCGGGUCGAGGGGGCAGCGGCGGCCGCCCCUCCAGCCCCAGCCCUUCCAGCGGCGACAAAGAGAAGGAGGACCUGCAGGAGAAGAUGCAGAGGGAGGAGGAGGAAAGGAAGAAGAGACUCCAGCUCUACGUAUUCGUUAUGCGCUGCAUCGCUUAUCCGUUCAACGCCAAGCAGCCGACCGACAUGGCCAGGAGGCAGCAGAAGAUCAGCAAGCAGCAUCUGCAGACGGUGAAGGAGCGAUUCCAGGCCUUCCUCAGCGGAGACACGCAGAUCGUUGCAGACGAGGCCUUCAUCAACGCGGUCCAGAGCUACUACGAUGUGUUCCUGAAGAGUGACCGCGUGUCCCGCAUGGUGCAGAGCGGUGGCUGCUCUGCCAGCGACUCCCGGGAGGUGUUCAAGAAGCACAUCGAGAAGCGUGUGCGCAGCCUGCCCGAGAUUGACGGGCUGAGCAAGGAGACGGUGCUGAGCUCCUGGAUGGCCAAGUUCGACACCAUCCACCGCGGGGAGGAGGACCCCCGCAAGCAGCAGCAGCGGCUGACGGCUAGUGCCGCCUCAGAGCUCAUCCUGAGCAAGGACCAACUCUACGAGAUGUUCCAGCAGAUCUUGGGCAUCAAGAAGUUUGAACACCAGCUCCUCUACAACGCCUGCCAGCUGGACAACCCUGAUGAGCAGGCCGCCCAGAUACGGAGGGAGCUGGACGGACGCCUGCAGAUGGCCGAUCAGAUUGCCAGGAGCGGCAAGUUCCCCCGGUUCGUGUCCAAAGAGAUGGAGGCCAUGUUCGUGGAGGAGCUGCGAUCCUCGGUCAACCUGCUCAUGGCCAACCUGGAGAGCAUGCCUGUCUCCAAGGGUGGGGAGUUCAAGCUGCAGAAGCUGAAGAGGGGCCACAACACCUCCAUCAUGGACAUGGGCCAGGAGGACGAGAACAUCCUGUCGAAGUCCGACGUGGUGCUGUCCUUCACCCUGGAGGUGGUGAUCAUGGAGGUGCAGGGUCUCCGGUCGCUGGCCCCCAGCAGGAUUGUCUACUGCACCAUGGAGGUGGAGGGAGGACACAAGCUGCAGACCGACCAGGCGGAGGCCUCUAAGCCUACCUGGGGCACCCAGGGGGACUUCACCACCACUCAGCCUCUCCCGGCCGUGAAGAUCAAGCUGUUCACAGAGAGCACCGGGGUGCUCGCCCUUGAGGACAAGGAGCUGGGACGGGUGGUGCUCCACCCGACCCCCAACAGCCCCAAACAGCCCGAGCUCCACAAGAUGACGGUGUCCAAAGGCUGUCCGGACGGCGACCUCCGGAUCAAGCUGGCCGUCCGCAUGGACAAGCCCCAGAACAUGAAGCAUUGUGGGUACCUCUGGGCCAUUGGGAAGAACGUGUGGAAAAGAUGGAAAAAAAGAUUCUUUGUGCUGGUGCAGGUCAGCCAGUACACAUUCGCCAUGUGCAGCUACAGAGAGAAGAAGACGGAGCCGGUGGAGCUGCUGCAGCUAGACGGCUACACCGUUGACUACACAGACCCCCAGCCUGGUCUGGACGGGGGGCGGACCUUCUUCAACGCGGUGAAGGAGGGAGACACGGUGAUCUUUGCCAGCAACGACGAGCAGGACCGCAUCCUGUGGGUCCAGGCCAUGUACCGCGCCACGGGACAGUCCCACAAGCCCGUCCCGCCCACACAGGUCCAGAAGCUCAACUCGAGGGGGGGCACGGCACCGCAGUUGGACGCACCCAUCUCCCAGUUCUACGCAGACCGGGCGCAGAAGCACGGCAUGGAUGAGUUCAUUUCGGCCAACCCCUGCAACUUCGACCACGCCUCCCUGUUUGAGCUGGUGCAGCGCCUCACCCUGGACCACAGGCUGAACGACUCCUAUUCGUGUCUGGGUUGGUUCAGCCCGGGCCAGGUGUUCGUCAUGGACGAGUACUGCGCCCGCAACGGGGUGAGGGGCUGCCACAGGCACCUGUGUUACCUGGGCGACCUGCUGGAGCGGGCUGAGAACGGCGCCAUGAUCGACCCCACCCUGCUGCACUACAGCUUUGCCUUCUGCGCCUCCCACGUCCAUGGCAACAGCCAGCGUGUGGUUGAGCUGCAGAGCUGGCCUGUAACAGAGGCAGAGCUUGAAAGAGCUCUUUUCCCAUCCGCCCCCAAUUCCCAAGCCAACAGCUCUAGGAGGGAGCUCCGAAUCAUUGAGUUCAUGAAGAAAAGGGACUUCAGAGUUCCUCCCUAUUUCUCUGGAGCAAGGAGGCCGGAUGGGAUCGGCACGGUGACGGUGGAGGAGAAGGAGCGCUUCGAGGAGAUCAAGGAGAGGCUGCGCGUGCUGCUGGAGAACCAGAUCACCCACUUCAGGUACUGCUUCCCGUUCGGCCGUCCAGAAGGAGCCCUGAAGGCCACGCUGUCCCUGCUGGAGCGGGUCCUCAUGAAGGACAUUGUCACGCCUGUGCCACAAGACGACGUGAAGGCUGUGAUUCGUAGAUGUCUGGAGCAAGCAGCACUGGUCAACUACCAGCGUCUUUCUGAGUAUGCCAAGAUAGAAGGGAAAAAGAGAGAGAUGUAUGAACAUCCUGUCUUCUGCUUGGCGUCCCAAGUUAUGGAUUUGACCAUUCAGAAUGUAGGGCGCUUAGUCACUCCCGCCAAAAAGCUAGAAGACACGAUCCGUCUGGCGGAGCUGGUGAUCGAAGUGCUGCAACAAAACGAGGAGCACCAUGCUGAGGGUAAAGAGGCGUUCGCGUGGUGGUCGGACCUGAUGGUGGAGCACGCCGAGACCUUCCUGUCUCUGUACUCGGUGGACAUGGACGAGGCUCUUGAGGUCCAGCCGCCCGACAGCUGGGACAGUUUCCCGCUCUUCCAGCUGCUCAAUGACUUCCUGAGGACCGACUACAAUCUGUGCAACGGAAAGUUCCACAAGCACCUGCAGGACCUGUACGCCCCGCUGGUGGUGCGCUACGUGGACCUGAUGGAGUCCUCCAUAGCCCAGUCCAUCCACCGCGGCUUCGAGAGGGAGUCCUGGGAGCCUGUCAAUAACGGUUCAGGAACCUCAGAGGAUCUCUUCUGGAAGCUGGACGCUCUGCAGACCUUCAUCAGAGACCUUCACUGGCCUGAGGAAGAGUUUGGCAAGCACCUGGAGAGCCGUCUGAAGCUAAUGUCAAGCGACAUGAUAGAGUCCUGCAUCAAGAGGACCCGCGUGGCCUUUGAGGUCCGUCUCCAGAAGAGCAGCCGCGCCACAGACUUCCGCGUGCCACAGUCCAUCUGCACCAUGUUCAACGUGAUGGUGGACGCCAAGGCCCAGUCCGCCAAGCUCUGCGCCAUGGAGCUGGGCCAAGAGUUCGUUAGAGAAUGGAGACAAUACCAUUCUCAGAUCGACAACCUGAUUGAGGAGACGGUGAAGGAGAUGAUCACUCUACUGGUAGCAAAGUUCAUGGUCAUCCUGGAGAGCGUCCUGGCCAAGCUGUCCCGCUACGACGAGGGAACGCUGUUCUCUUCCUUCCUGUCCUUCACCGUGAAAGCUGCCUCUAAGUAUGUGGAUGUUCCUAAGCCGGGCAUGGACGUGGCGGACGGCUACGUGACUUUCAUGCGCCACUCCCAGGACAUGCUGCGGGACAAGGUCAACGAGGAGGUCUACAUAGAGAGGCUGUUUGAUCAAUGGUACACCAGUACUAUGAACCUCCUUGGAACAUGGCUGACUGACCGUAUGGACCUCCAGCUCCACCUGUACCAGCUGAAGAUCCUCAUCCGGGUUGUCAAGAAGAAGUACCGGGACUUCCGUCUGCAGGGGGUGCCGGACUCCACGCUGAACAGCAAGAUGUACGACACAGUCCGCAACCGGCUGACCCUGGAAGAGGCCACCGCCUCGGUGAGGGAAGGGGGGAUGCAAGGUAUAUCCAUGAGAGACAGCGACGAAGACGACGAUCACUAGAUCAAACCAUGACGAAGACCCCCCCCCCCAAAAGUCUUACCCUACCUUACAGGACCCUUGGCAAUGACACACUGGCCCUACGGCGAGCCGACGGGAGGGAGUAGGACCGUCUCAGAAGGUUUUGCUCUGCAGGGAUGGAGCUAAAGGCCUCUCUGACUAAAGGACUAAUGUUUUGGAUGAAAAUAACAUUUGCUUUCCAAUUUGAUCUUUCAGGUUAUUCUGAAAACCUGCAUACUCUCAUUUUCAUACUUGCCAAAUGAUUGCAUCUUCCAAAAGAAAGGCUAAUUUAUAAAUAAAGUGAUAGCUAUGUUUGGCUCAUAUAAAAAAAAAAAUGAGUCUGGGACUUGUGAACAAACACGUGAGCAUAUUAUGAAAGCUACUACUCGUGGCCGUUUUAACUCGGGGCUAAAGCACAUGUAUUCCAGACGAGAACGGACGUGAGGUUUCAUGAGAAGGAGUCAUAUAUCUGCUCCGCCUGCUAGACAGUCCACUGCCAUACUAAUUCCCUCUUCCAGAAGAAUGAAUCAAUGUUAAAUUAAACUGAUGUAUUGUGACGAGGAACACCACCUUUACAUGAAAGAACAAAAACAGAUUCCAUGAUGCAAUGAAAUUGGCUCACAGACCAAAGUGAACCCAACGUAUGGGUAUAUACCCCUCAUGUCCUUCGUUCCCGCUCAUAUUGAUUGGCGUUGAGUGUGUGUGCUGAGAGCCGCGGUGUGACGGCCCGCCCAAGCCGUGCCCCCCUGCUGGACACGAGAUGGAAAGCCUAGGGUUCCAGGGCCAGUGUAGCAUGGUUAAGGAGGAAAUAAGUCCUGCCGCUGUCUGACGUAGCCUGACAAACAAUGCAUGUACCACAACAGAUAUUUACCUUCCAGGGUCCCGCUGUCGCCCACCCGGUACAAGGGGCAAAAGCCCACUUCUGACCCGUAGCUGCGCCAUUGUGUAAGAGGAGAGUUGUGAUAUUCUGCUCUCCAUUCCGUGUUCUGGAUAAGCAAUAUGGAGAACCAUUUGUGUGUGUUGUCGGGCUAUGAAUGUGUCCCUGUGGAAGGAUCAGAAGGGGCAGAGGGCUGCUGUACCGGGUUUUAGAGAACUCUACACCUGGAGGAAGCUUUAGCACAUUGUUGUAAGAGGUGUGAAUAUGACCUUGUGUGUUCUCUGUGAUCGGUCUGCAUGUUUCGUCCACAAAAACAAAUAUAACAAUAACUGGAACACGCAGCAGAUCUUUAAAGAACCAUUUGUCAGACCUGGAAUAGUUGACUGAUGUGAGCGAAGGGGGACUCAGAACUUCUGCUUUUGGUACACUCUGUAAUCAUGUGUGGCUGUGGAUGCUGUGUUUGUCAUCCUGGUUUGGUUUGUAUUUAUUUGAGAUAUAUAGAUAUCUCAUUCCAGCUACCCCAUGUAGUGUGUGUGUGUGUGUGUGUGUGUGUGUGUGUGUGUGUGUGUGUGUGUGUGUGUGUGUGUGUGUGUGUGUGUGUGUGUGUGUGUGUGUGUGUGUGUGUGUGUUUGUGUUAGUAUGUAUACACAAUAAAUCAUUACUGUCCCUGUCCAAGGUGGAUGUUAACCACCCAAAGGUACAUUUAUUAUCUAAUGAAUCUGAUUUUAACACACUGUGGAUUUGAGCUUUGCUUGAGCUUUAUCCAGAUUCAUGCUUUCUGUAUUUAUCACACAAGCCUAAAGCUGUUUUUUUCAAAUAUCCUUUUUGUUCUCAGAUGCAAUAUUUAUCCAUAGAUUAAGAAUUAUUCUGAAAUGUUUACGGAUGUUUACACAAAGCGUCGAUCGUUCCAUUUAUAAAUAUUGAGUUUGAAGAUAAUAAAAUAAUAAAGUUGGUUCAUUUAUUGAGUUAUAUGGUCUGUAUGUUGAAUAGAUGUAAUUCUAGAGUGUAUGUGCAGUUAGUUUUUUCACAUUUUUAUAAUGGAUUCUGGGAAGUGAAUUCUUUCCCUGCCAAUGUUGUUUUAUAAACCGUGUCCCAGAGUUGUACGUUGGCCUGCGUGCCAGACUGCAUGUCCCAGGUGUACUCAGCCAGAAGAUGUCCGUUCCCUGUGUCGCGUCGUGGAGUCUUCAUGCUUCUGCCUUCUAGGUUAGCAAAAUCAGACAAAGACAUCUCCAAUAAAGGUUAUGUGGAAAGA